ACUACGUAGACGUCAACUCUAGUGUUUAAAUGAACGCAGGUGACGUUGCCCAGACACAGCCAUUUUGCUGCGAUUGUACGCACGACUAGUUGGCUACAAUGGCGGACGCUGCUCCAGCCGCACGUGGUGGUUUUCGCGGAGGUUUUGGCUCUCGUGGCGCGGGAGGCGAUCGUGGCGGCCUGAGAGGCCUGAGGGGCCGAGGAGGACGUGGAGGUAGAGGCAGAGGACGCGGCCGUGGACGCGGCAAGGAAGACAGCAAGGAAUGGGUUCCGGUCACCAAGCUGGGUCGCUUGGUCAGAGACGGCAAGAUCCAAUCUCUCGAGCACAUCUAUCUAUUCUCCUUACCCAUCAAGGAGUUUGAGAUCAUCGACAAGUUUCUCGGGCCGGAUCUCAAGGACGAGGUCUUGAAGAUUAUGCCCGUACAGAAGCAGACGAGGGCAGGUCAGCGCACGCGUUUCAAGGCUUUCGUCGCCAUUGGUGACAGCAACGGGCACAUUGGACUGGGAGUCAAGUGCUCCAAGGAAGUAGCCACCGCUAUUCGCGGCGCCAUCGUCCUGGCGAAGCUCUCGGUUGUGCCCGUUCGGCGCGGUUACUGGGGCAACAAGAUUGGCAAGCCGCACACGGUGCCGUGCAAGGUGACCGGCAAAUGCGGCUCGGUGCAAGUGCGUCUCAUACCGGCGCCCAGGGGCACCGGCAUCGUGUCCGCCCCGGUUCCCAAGAAGCUGCUCCAGAUGGCUGGUAUCGAGGACUGCUACACCUCGGCCAGGGGCUCCACCUGCACGCUCGGCAACUUCGCCAAGGCCACGUACGCCGCGAUCGCCAAGACGUACGCGUAUCUGACGCCUGACCUGUGGAAGGAACAGGCUGUGACUAAGACGCCGUACCAGGAGUUCGCCGAGUAUCUGUCCAAGACUCACAAGGGAGGCGCGAGGGCGGCCGAAGUUGUCUAAAUAAACGUCACGAAAGUUCUUUGAGACGCCAA